AUGCCUUUGGGCCCGAACCAUAUCGCUUCGCAGAUGUUGCAGCACCCUCGUCCGCUCGACGAAAGACCUUCCAUUUGUCCAGUGCAGCCACUCCGUCGUUCUGCACGAGCGACUCAACGCCUGCCUCCCACAACACGCACACCGACUCCACCGCCAUUGUGGACACCCACUCCGCGGCGCAACUUCCACCGCCGCGGCGCCAUAGACGGAUCAGCGAGCUACCCAGACGACACGCGGCGGCACGGCAUGAUACUCGAGGGCCAGAACGAACCCCUCGCGCUCGAGCCCGAGGCCCUACCCGCUUACACGCCAACACCGAGCACCCUAUACCGGCGCGUGACGACCGACGGCGCCCUCCCACCCCCAGACCCGUGGCUGCACGGACACGGCCGAGCAUCGCGGCAACUAGAGCUGCGCGAGCUGCAGCGCCAGUGGACCAUCCGACGACCCAGCCACCCGCUGUGUCCCACGGAGCGCACCUUGUUCCGCCCGCCGGUCUCCGAGGCGUACGACCUCCCUCCGCCGUACGCACCACGGGAUCCCUACCCGCUGUUCAAACCCGCGGAGAAGCGGCCCAGCAUGUGGGCGCGCGUGGUGCUGUAUCCGUUUGUGCCCGAGGGCGAGAUGCUCGAUAAGGCGGCGCUUGCCACGGACCGCCUGGCCAAGACGGUCGUCGGCGGCGUCAGGAAGGGCGUCGGGGAGGUCGGCAAGAAAGCUAAAGCCGUGCCCCGGCAGAUUGAGAGUACGCGGGCGAAGCGCAAGAUUGGGUGGUUGGGGGGAAGGGGCUAUGUGGAUAGGGGUGUGUCUGAAUGCGGAGCGUAUGCGGGGGCGUAUCAUGCGGGAGAGACGUAG